GUUUGACUAUCUAACUGAUUCGGCAUUUGAUGCUCCGCACCACUAUAGAUUCGACAUUAUUGAUUUAGAGUCAACGGUGUCCCUCUCUCAGAUUGUCAACCAUUUGAAGUUUGAAGGAGGCGGCUAAGGAUCUGCACAUUGACUUCAUCUCUGAAGCAAUGUGAAAGUUUAUCUCCCGGUCGUUCAAUUUCACUGCGACGCCGGCAGCCGCCUAUUUGAUCAGUAAUAUUUAUCUAUAAAUGUACAUUGGUUUGAAGCAGAUCAAUUGCACAAAGAGUUUCAAGAUGUGGAGCAGCAGAAAGUUGAGCUUCCUCCUCGGCCUGAUCCGGUUCCUGCUCCUUCUCCAAGCUCCCACAGCUGCCAUGGCAGCGAACCCUUUCAGAGCAGACUGCGGCGGCGACGCCUACAACUCGAGUAGCAGCUUUGGCAGAAGCCUAAGCGAUCUCUUGUCCUCCCUCACUUUCCUUUCGUCCACCUCUAACUCCGCCAACGCCACCGCCGGAGCCGGUAGCGACUCCGUCUACGGCUUAUACAUGUGCCAAGGCGACCUCUCCGGUUCCAACUGCCAGAGCUGCAUCCAGACGGCCGUCGCCGGCGCCAACCAAAGCUGCCCGGGAGUUCGCCGAGCGAUCGUCUACUACGACCAGUGCCACCUCCGCUACUCUGACGCAAACUUCUUCGGCGUCGUCGACGCUGACGGAUUCAACAUGACCAACCCCUUGGAGGUAACCAGUUCGCGGAUGGCGUUCAACGUAUUGUCCGAUUUGGUGCAGGCGGCGCCCCUGCGACGGCCGCUCAUGUUUGCCACCAACGUGUCGGAUAUGUAUCCCCUAUUCGCCCUGGCUCAGUGCACGGCCGACCUGAGCCCCGACGGCUGCCGGAGAUGCUUGACGGCGAGUCUGGCGGCCAUCGAGAACUGUUGCAUCCAGAGGAAAGGGUGGCGGUAUCUCUCCCCGAGCUGCUGGAUAAGGUACGAGCCCACUCCGUUCUUCGGCAAUUACCCCAACAACUUGAGCACGUACAUCAUCCGGAGCCAGUGCUCGAACAUCGACAUCCAAUCCAACAGCCUCAGCGCUAGGACGGCCAAUUUAAGAGGCCUCUUCGACGACCUGAGUGCUCAAGCUCCGGCGACGGGAUUCUACAGCGCUUCCGCCGGAGACGGCAGCGAUAGGAUGUACGGCCUCGGGCUUUGCGCCGGGGACGAUGCGACUCGCGGCGAGUGCGCGGCGUGCCUCGCCACAGCGGGGCGGGCCAUAGCGAACGAGUGCCCCAACAAGACGGAGGGGUACAUGUGGUACGGGCCAUGCUUCUUGAAGUACUCGCAGCAGCGCUUCUUCGGCGAGCUAGACACCGACGUGCACACCUUCUGCGGCGGCGCGGCGCCGGUGACCGCGGAGUUCAGUCGUGCUACAGAGGCGGGAGCGCGGAGCAUCGCGCAGGUCGCGUGGGGCAGCCCGUCGAUGUACGCCGCCGGCGAGGUGGUGGUGAACGCGACGGCGAGGAGCUACGUGCUGGCGCAGUGCACGCGGGAUCUGACGGCCGACAGAUGCCAGAUUUGCUUGGGCGGCGGGAUCGGGAGGAUGACGGCGUCGUGCGGGGCGCAGAGCGGCGGCUGGCAGUACUUGACCGGCAGCUGCACCGUCCGCUACGAACAAUUCCGCUUCUUCAACGAUCCAUCCGCCUGGAUCGCACCAGGCAAUUCUCCCCCUUCUUCAACCUUCGAUUUGCUACUUCUUCGACUUCAAUCAAAUGUACAUUUUACAGGAGGAGGAGGAAGAUCAUCAAAGGCCAGAAUCAUCGCCAUUGUUCUUCCAAUCGCCGGAGCUUCACUCUUAGGAAUUCUUCUCCUUUCCGCAUGGAAUCUGAGGAGAAGAAAAGCAAGAAGAUCAAUUCCCCAACCAAUCGAUCUCGAGUCCUUGGAAGGCAGAGACUUAAUUUUCAUGGGACUGGCCGCCAUUCAAGCGGCCACCGACAACUUCUCCAUUGAAAACAAGCUCGGAGAAGGUGGAUUUGGAGCUGUUUACAAGGGAGUCCUGAUCGAUGGGAAAGAAAUCGCAGUCAAAAGGCUCUCACAGAGAUCCAAACAAAGCCUUUCUGAGUUCGAGAAUGAAGUGAAGCUGGUCGCGAAGCUCCGGCACAAGAACCUUGUGAGGCUGUUGGGAUGCUGCGUGGAAGGAGAAGAGAAGUUGCUAGUCUUUGAAUACCUUCCUAAUAAAAGUCUAGAUGCCAUUUUAUUUGAUCCAAACAAGCGCUCGCAAUUGAGUUGGGAGAUGAGGUUUAUCGUAAUCUCCGGGGUUGCGAAAGGCCUUCUCUAUCUCCACGAAGACUCACUUCUCAAAAUCAUUCAUCGGGACCUCAAAGCUAGCAAUGUACUGCUCGAUAAAGACAUGAACCCUAAGAUAUCGGACUUUGGCUUGGCAAAGGUUUAUACCACAGAGGAAAGUGACAUGAGCGCACCUAGAAUUGUUGGGACUUAUGGAUACAUGGCUCCUGAAUAUGCUAUGGAUGGAUGUUUCUCCGUGAAAUCUGACGUAUUUAGUUACGGUGUUCUCCUAUUGGAAAUUAUAAGUGGAGAAAGGAAUGGAAGAGGGUAUGCGGAACAGUAUGGACAAAACCUCCUUGGACGUGCUUGGGAGUUAUGGAACGAUGACAAGGCAACCGAGCUUGUGGAUUCAAUGCUCGAUAACAACGAAUGCCAAGCUAAGGAAGCCAUGAAAUGCAUCCAAAUAGGUUUGUUGUGUGUUCAAGAAAACAUAGAACAAAGGCCAACUAUAUCGGAAGUUGUUCUCAUGCUGCAAAGUGAUCAUAUAGUGCUUGUUCGACCGACAAAACCCCCAAACUUCGCAAGGGGAUAUCGAGUUUCCUAGGUAACCAACUAAGAACUUGAGCUUAAUGGUGUAUGAUUUAUGAAUUCGGAUGUUGAUAGUGUGAAUAUUGAAUGGUGAAGGAAGAUGGAAUAUGAUAAAAUUGAUGGAUUAUUGUGAUCUUAUAUAUGUAUUAUUAUAUAAUAUAUGAUCAUGCCUAAAAUGGAUGGAGAUGAUGCUGGACGUGUGGCUCUCGUGUGAACUAAAUGAAGACUUGCCGUUAUAUUCAAGUGACUCCCAAGUGCUCUUGCAUGCAAGAAGAACAUUAUCGACCGGG